AUGUCGAGAUCCCGCGAAGGAUAUCUUUGGACUCAAGGCCGCCUCACCCAAGGCCUUCCCACCCAAGCCGUCAUCUCCAGGGCUGCGACGGCGAACCUCCAACCGAGCUACGACGUCUUAGUCAUUGGCGCCGGAUUCGCCGGCCUGCGCGCGGCCCGCGAACUGACGCGGCACUAUGGAUUGCGAGUCUUGAUCGUCGAGGGACGAGACCGCAUCGGCGGUCGCACGUGGACGGCCCAGGCGUUUGGCGAGGACUUUGAAAUGGGAGGAACAUGGGUUCAUUGGAACCAGCCACACCUCUGCGCCGAGCUGCACCGGUACGGCCUGCACAAGAAUCUCAAGUCCUCGGCCUGCACCCUCGCCGCACAGAAGACAUAUUACAAAGAGGCCACGGGCGAGGUGGUCGAAGUGGAUGGCAACGCUCUGGCUGAAACGACUCAAGCCGUGGCGGACCGGGUCUUUACCAUCGACGGCUUCUCCAGCCGCGAGCUGAUGCCGUACCCGCACGACCCCUUUCGAGAGCCGGCGCCGUGGAAAAGGUACGACCACCUCACCGUGCGUCAGCGGCUCGAUCAGCUUGACGACAUCCCCGACGGCCACAAAGGCCAGUUCGAAAGCGCGGUCAACACGUUCGGCAGCGCGCCGAGUGCCGAGAUCGGUUUCGUCGAAGUGCUCCGCUGGUACGCGCUAGGUGGGCACAAUAUGGCCCAGGUGUUUGAGCUUGCCGGCGUGUACAAACUGGCGAAGGGCGGUAUGACGUCCUUUGCCCGAUCGAUCCUGAAGGAUGCAUGGAGCGACAUUCUCCUCGACACGACCGUUUCCGAGAUCACUCAGACCGGACCUGACGGCCCAGUCGUGGCCAGGGCCAAGGAUGGACGCACCUUCCGAGCGAAAGCCGUCGUCUGCACCGUCCCACUCAACUGCUUGGGCGAUGUCAAGUUUUCGCCGCCGCUCAGUCCGUUGAAACGCGAAGCCAUUGCCAAAGGACACAUCAACAAGGGGGCCAAGAUCCACUUCAGGCUGGCACAGACCGAACCGGGCUGGUUCGCGGCGUGUGACGGGCACGCCGCCUCGUCUUCGUCUUUCUGCUUCGCCUUCUCCGACCAUAACGGCACAAGCCCGACCAGCGGGCCGCGUGGGACCUACUGCAUCGGCUUUGGGUUCAAUGGGUGCCUUCGAGACCCGCGGGACAGCAGGCAUGUUGUGGAGGAGUUCAACAGGGAUGUGCGUCCCAGCGCCGUGGUCGAGGGCUAUCUCACGCACGACUGGAUGAAUGACCCGCUGGCCAAAGGCGUGUGGAGUUGUUGGGGCAGUCAUUGCACGACAAAGUAUCUCCAGGAGCUGCAGAAGGCGCACGGAAACGUCUUCUUUGCGAGCGCCGACUGGGCUCUGGGCUGGCGAGGCUUCGUCGAUGGUGCGCUCGAGAGUGGAUCCCAGACUGCGCAGGCGGUUGCCGAAACACUGUGUGCCAGUCCAGGACCAAGGCUAUGA